CCCCCGCUGCAGGUGAGGGCGCAGGGCCCGGGGCUGGAGCCCUCGGGGGUGGUUGUGAACAGACCGGCCGAGUUCAGCGUGGACGCGCGGCAGGGCGGCAGCGGCGGCCUCAGGGUGCACAUGCAGGACGCCGAGGGCUGCCCCGUGGACGUGGCUGUGAAGGAUUCUGGCAACGGCACCUUCAGCUGCUCCUACACCCCCAGGAAGGCCCUGAAGCACACGGCCAUGGUGUCCUGGGGGGGGGUCAACAUCCCCAACAGCCCCUUCCGGGUGGGGGUGGGGGCAGGCAGCCACCCCCACAAGGUGAAGGUUUUCGGGCCGGGCGUGGCCAAGACGGGGCUGAAGGCGCUGGAGCCGACCUACUUCACCGUGGACUGCACCGAGGCUGGCCAGGGUGACGUCAGCAUCGGCAUCAAGUGCGCGCCGGGCGUGGUGGGGCCGGCCGAGGCCGACCUGGACUUCGACAUCAUCAGGAACGACAACGACACCUUCACGGUCAAGUACACGCCCAAGGGGGCGGGGCUGCACACCAUCAUGGUGCUGUUCGCUGGACAGGCCACCCCCAGCAGCCCCAUCCGGGUCAGGGUUGACCCCGCUCACGACGCCAGCAAGGUCAAGGCCGAGGGGCCCGGCCUGAGCCGCUCCGGUGUGGAGCUGGGCAAGCCCACCCAUUUCACAGUGAACACCAAGGGCGGGGGCAGGGCUGCCCUGGACGUGCAGGUGACGGGGCCGGGCAAGGGCGAGGCCGUCAGGGACCUGCAGGUGACCGACAACCACGACGGCACCCACACGGUCACCUACACACCUGUGCAGCAGGGGAAUUUGGGGGUGUCGGUGACCUACGGGGGGGACCCCAUCCCCAAGAGCCCCUUCAGCGUCGGCGUCAGCCCCGGCCUGGACCUGGGCAAGAUCAAAAUCUCCGGCCUGGACGACAAGCUGGAGGUGGGCAAGGCGCAGGAGUUCACGGUGAAGGCCAAGGGCGCGGGCGGGCAGGGCAAGGUGGGCGCGCGGAUCCUGGGCCCGGCGCGGAAGCCGGUGCCGUGCACGGUGGAGCCGGGCGCCGGCGGCGACAGCAGCGCCGUGCGCUUCGUGCCGCGCGACGAGGGCCCGCACAGCGUGGAGGUCACCUACGACGGCGUGGCCGUGCCCGGCAGCCCCUUCCCCGUGGAGGUGGUGCCGCCCACCGACCCCUCCAAGGUCCGUGCCUUUGGCCCUGGUCUCCAGGGGGGCCUGGCGGGGGUUCCAGCCCCAUUCACCAUCGACACCAAAGGCGCCGGCACAGGCGGUUUGGGCCUGACCGUGGAGGGGCCCUGCGAGGCCAAAAUCGAGUGCCAGGACAACGGCGACGGCACCUGCUCCGUGUCCUACCUGCCCACGGAGCCCGGCGACUACAACAUCAACAUCCUCUUCGCCGGCACCCACAUCCCGGGCUCGCCCUUCCGCGCCCCGAUCCGGCCAAAGUUCGACCCCUCCAAGGUCACGUGCGAAGGGCCGGGGCUGGAGAAGGCCACGGCCGGCCAGCCGGGGCGCUUCCGGGUGGACUGCAGCCGGGCGGGGACGGCCGAGCUGACCAUCGGCAUCGCCUCGGAGGCCGGGGCGCGGGCGGAGGUGAGGGUGGAGGAGAACGGCGACGGCAUCUACACCAUCGCCUACACGCCGCGCAGCGCCGGCGUGCACACCGUCACCGUGGAGUACGGCGGGCAGCCCGUGCCGCACUUCCCCAGCACCGUGCGCGUGGAGCCGGCGCCGGCCGCCGUGGACACGGCCGGCAUCAAGGUGUACGGGCCCGGCGUGGAGGGGAAGGGCGUGUUCCGCGAGGCCGUGACGGAGUUCGAGGUGGACGCGCGGGCCGUGGCCAAGGCCGGCGGGCCCCACGUCAAGGCCCUGGUGUCCAACCCCUCCGGAAACGUCACCGAGACCUUUGUGGAGGACCGGGGCGACGGCACCUACCACGUGGAGUACACGCCCUACGAGGAGGGCCUGCACACGGUGGACGUGACCUACGGCGGCGCGCCGGUGCCGCUGAGCCCGUUCCGCGUCCCCGUCACCGAGGGCUGUGACCCCAGCCGGGUGCGGGUGCACGGCCCCGGCAUCCAGAGUGGCACCACCAACCAACCCAACAAAUUCACCGUGGAGACCCGCGGGGCCGGCACGGGCGGGCUGGGUCUGGCCGUCGAGGGCCCGUCGGAAGCCAAGAUGUCGUGCACGGACAACAAGGACGGCAGCUGCUGCGUGGAGUACGUGCCCUACGAGGCCGGCACCUACAGCCUCAACGUCACCUACGGCGGCCACCAGGUCCCCGGGAGCCCGUUCCAGGUGCCGGUGUCGGACGUGGUGGACGCGUCGCGCGUGUCCUGCGGCGGCCCCGGCCUCACCCCCGGCCACGUCCGCGCCAACGUCCCCCAGAGCUUCACCGUGGACACGGCCAAGGCCGGCGUGGCGCCGCUCGACGUCAAAGUGCAGGGCCCCAAAGGAAUCCUGGAGCCCGUGGACAUCGCGGACAACGGGGACGGCACGCAGCGCGUGUCCUACGUGCCGUCCCGCGAGGGGCCCUACAGCAUCUCGGUGCGCUACGGCGACCACGAGGUGCCGCGCAGCCCUUUCAAGGUGAAGGCUCUGCCCACGCACGACGCCAGCAAGGUGCGGGCGAGCGGCCCCGGGCUCAACACGACGGGCGUGCCGGCGAGCCUGCCCGUGGAGUUCACCAUCGACGCCAAGGACGCCGGCGAGGGGCUGCUGGCCGUGCAGAUCACGGAUCCCGAGGGGAAGCCCAAGAAAGCCUCGAUCCGGGACAACCAGGACGGCACCUACACCGUGUCCUAUGUGCCGGACAUGACCGGGCGCUACACAAUCCUCAUCAAAUACGGGGGGGAUGAAAUCCCUUAUUCCCCUUAUCGCAUCCGGGCCGUGCCCACCGGCGACGCCAGCAAGUGCACGGUCACCGUUUCCAUCGGAGGUCACGGCUUAGGACCUGGGCUGGGCCCCACGAUCCAGCUGGGGGAGCAGACCCUGAUCACGGUGGACGCCAAGGCGGCGGGCAAGGGGAAGGUGACGUGCUCGGUGUGCACGCCGGACGGCUCCGAGGUGGACGUGGACGUGGUGGAGAACCCCGACGGCACCUUCGACAUCUUCUACACGGCCCCCCAGCCCGGGAAGUACGUGAUCUGCGUCCGCUUCGGGGGGGAGCACAUCCCCAACAGCCCCUUCCAGGUCAUGGCCACGGACCGGCCGCUGCUGGGGGUCAACGGGCUGGACAUGGCCGGGCUGAGACCCUUCGACCUCGUCAUCCCCUUCACCAUCAAGAAGGGCGAGAUCACGGGUGAGGUCAGGAUGCCCUCGGGCAAGGUGGCCACCCCGGACAUCACGGACAACAAGGACGGCACAGUGACCGUGCGCUUCGCGCCCAGCGAGGCGGGGCUGCACGAGAUGGACAUUCGCUGCGACAGCAUCCACAUUCCUGGCAGCCCCCUGCAGUUCUACGUGGAUUAUGUGAACAGUGGCCACGUCACGGCCUACGGGCCCGGCCUGAGCCACGGCACCGUCAACCGGCCAGCGACGUUCACUGUCAACACCAAGGACGCUGGAGAGGGGGGCCUGUCCCUGUCCCCAUGA